ACUGACCUACUUCUAAAAUUAAAAUAAAUCCUUUCCCCUCGGGGCGGGGGAGCAUUGUCACAUUCAACCGCGAGUCUCUCCCCCCAAAAAACAGCUGCUCUCCGCAGCGAGGGGGUUUAUUUUACUUCUUUUCCUAUCCCGCCCAGCCCGUCCGCGCAGUAACCGAAAACAAGAUGGCGCGGAGCGGGGCUAUUUUUUUUCCCCCUGCUUUCAAACCCGCGGGAGCCCGGCCCCCUCCCUUCCCAGCAUGCCCCGCGCUUUUCUAACGAAUUUCGGUUCGAGUUCGCCGUUUGGGCGCCAUUUUCGAGUGUAGAAGCCGCCGAGUUGCGGUGGGAGCCGGAGCUGCCCGCGCUGCCGCGACCUGGAGCCUCGCUGAGGCCGGACGUCGUCAGUCCUAGGAGCAAAGGAGAUAGAUCCCUUCAGUAGUUUGAUUGCUUGGAAUGGAAGGGGAACAGCCAACAGGGAGCAUGCCAAGCAAGAGGACCAAAACCUCAACAGCAGCCCGUCGGCGGAAAGGCAGAGAGCCCUCUGAGGAGUCCUCCAGUGACAUGGAAGUGGAAAAUGAAGGUGACAAAGAGCCUGCCAAAGUACCCCCACAAGUCUCAGAUGAGGUGCUUGAUAAUCGGAGUGUGGAAGAGAUUUUGGGUAGCAUCCCUCCUCCCCCACCUCCAGCAAUGGCCAAUGAAGCUGGUGCUCCUCGUCUCAUGAUAACUCAUAUUGUAAACCAGAACUUCAAAUCCUAUGCAGGGGAGCGAACUUUGGGACCUUUUCAUAAGCGUUUUUCAUGUAUUAUUGGGCCAAAUGGCAGUGGAAAAUCCAAUAUCAUUGAUGCAAUGCUUUUUGUGUUCGGGUACCGAGCACAAAAAAUCAGAUCCAAAAAACUCUCUGUGCUGAUCCAUAGUUCUGACAAACAUACGGACAUCCAGAGUUGUUCUGUGGAAGUUCACUUCCAAAAGAUCAUUGACAAGGAAGGAGAUGAUUACGAAGUCGUUCCUAACAGCAAUUUUUGUGUAUCUAGAACUGCCUAUAGAGAUAAUUCCUCUGUCUACUCCAUCAAUGGAAAGAAAACUACAUUCAAAGAAGUUGGUAUUCUUCUUCGAAGCCAUGGAAUUGAUCUGGACCAUAAUAGGUUCUUAAUUUUACAGGGGGAAGUUGAACAGAUCUCAAUGAUGAAGCCGAAGGGGCAGACGGAACACGACGAAGGCAUGCUGGAGUACUUGGAAGACUUAAUAGGAUCUGCACGACUCAAAGAGCCCAUCCAGACGCUGUGCCGCAGAACUGAGCUUUUAAACGAGCAGAGGGGAGAAAAGUUAAAUAGAGUGAAAAUGGUGGAAAAAGAAAAGGAUGCCUUGGAAGCGGACAAGAACGCGGCCAUCGAAUUUCUCUGUUUGGAAAACAAGAUGUUUAAAGAAAAGAAUUGUAUCUGUCAAUACUACAUCCAUGACCUCAAGAAACGAAUUAAUGAUUUGGAAAUGCAGAAAGAAAAAAUUAACGAGGAAACAAAAGAUGUUAAUGAGAAGAGCGGUAAACUUGCAGAGGACGUGACAACCAAGAAUAAAGCUUUAAAAGAACUUGAAAAGAAAAUCACUAAAAUCACCAAGUUCAUAGAGGAAAAUAAAGAGAAAUUUACUCAGUUGGAUUUGCAGGACAUUAAAGUGAGGGAAAAUCUCAAAAAUGCCAAAAGCAAAGCUAAAAAACUGGAGAAGCAGCUUCAAAAGGACAAAGAAAAGGUAGAAGAAUUGAAAAACGUGCCUUCCGCUAGUGAAAAAGCCAUCAGCGAAGCGACAUCUAAGAAAGAGCUUCUUGAAAAGACCAAAGAGAAAGAAGAAGAGAAACUCAAGCAGGUUAUGGAGAGCCUUAAGGAGGAAACACAAGGACUUCAGGGAGAAAAACAGAGCAAAGAGCUUGAGCUUAUGGAGUUCAGUAAAAUGGUGAACGAAGCGCGUUCCAGGAUGGACGUGGCGCAGUCGGAGCUCGACAUCUACCUCAGCCGGCACAACUCUGCCCUGGCGCAGCUGAACCAGGCCAAGGAGGCGCUGAUGACGACUUCCGAAACUCUGAGGGAAAGGAAAGCUGCCAUCAAAGACAUAGGGACAAAAUUACCCCAAGCUGAACAGGAAUUGAAGGAGAAAGAGAAGGCGCUUGAGAAGCUGGGAAGAGAAGAAUCAAACGCUAAGAAUCUUGUUCAAAAUCUGCGUCAAAAAGUAGAAGAAGCCAAAAGCUCGUUAGCGCUGAGUCGCAGUCGGGGAAAAGUGCUUCAGGCUCUGCUGCAGCAGAAGAAAUCCGGAAAUAUUCCUGGACUCUAUGGGAGACUGGGAGAUUUGGGAGCCAUCAGCGAGAAGUACGAUGCUGCUAUUUCGUCCUGUUGCGGGGCCUUGGACAACAUCGUCGUUGAUACUAUCGAUACUGCGCAGAAAUGCGUGAACUUCUUGAAGGCGGGAGGAGUCGGAGCCGCCACAUUUAUAGCCCUGGACAAAAUGACUGUAUGGGAACAAAAAAUUCAAAAAAUCCAAACUCCUGAAAAUAUUCCUCGGUUGUUUGAUCUGGUGACAGUAGAAGACGAGAAGGUUCGCCUGGCCUUCUACUUCGCCUUGCGGGACACGCUGGUAGCCAACGACUUGGAAGAAGCCACCAGAGUAGCAUUCCAAUAUGAUCAGAGGUGGAGGGUGGUAACACUGAAGGGACAAAUCAUUGAACAGUCAGGAACAAUGACUGGUGGUGGGGGUAAAAUAAUGAAGGGCAGAAUGGGUUCCUCAGUCGUAACGGAUAUUUCUGAAGAAGAGGUCAAUAAAAUGGAAUCGCAGCUGCAGAAGGAUUCUAAGAGAGUAGUGCAGUAUGAAGAGGAGAAAUCCGAACUUGAAGAAGCCAUAAGAACCCUGCAACAAGGUGUUCGGGAGAUGAGAAAUACUCUGGAGAAGUACACAGCGAGUAUCCAGAGUUUAGCUGAACAAGAAAUGAAUCUCCAAACCCAAAUUAAGGAACUUGAAGCAAACGUAAUUGCUACCGCUCCGGACAAAAACAAACAGAAGGAAUUGGAAAAGACCCUUGCUGGUUAUAAAAAAGAUUAUGACAGCGCUGCCGAGAAAGCUGGGAAAAUAGAAACCGAAGUGAAACGGUUGCAUAACCUCAUAAUGGAGAUCAAUAAUCAGAAACUGAAAACACAACAGGACAAACUGCACAAGAUCACCAAGGAAAUAGACGACUGUUGUUCGGCUGUCACUAAAGCCCAGGUGGCGAUCAAGACAGCGAGCAGAAACCUGAAGAAAUCUCAAGAUGCUGUUCUGCGCACAGAGAAGGAAAUUAAGAGUAACGAGGAAGAAAUUAAAGACUUAACAGAAGAGCUGACGAUGCUGGAAGACAAAGCCACUGAGGUUAUGAAGGACUGCAAGCAAGCUGAAGAAAAGUUGCCGGCCGUUCAGGACGAGCAGCGCAGUUUAAUCCAGGAGAUUAAAACUCUUAAAGAAGAUGAACACGCGCUUCAGAAGGAAGCUCUUAAUAUUAAGCUUAAAAUUGAUCAACUUGAUAGUCAUAUUUCUACACACCAGUCAAAGAUUAAAUACUGGCAAAAAGAGAUGUCCAAAUUAUCGCUGCACUCCAUAGAAGACAAACCACCUGAAGAGCUUCCAGUGCUGAGUCCAGCAGAGCUCGAGGCCAUCGAGGAUCCCGACGCUAUCACCAAACGGAUUGCGCUGCUGGAAGCCCAGUGCCACGAGCAGAGACCCAACCUUGGGGCGAUUGCAGAAUACAAGAAGAAGGAAGAGCUGUACUUGAAGCGUGUGGCUGAACUGGAUGAAGUUACCAAUGAGAGAGACAAGUUCCGACAAGCUUUUGAAGAUCUGAGGAAACAAAGGCUGAAUGAAUUCAUGGCAGGAUUUAACAUCAUAACCAAUAAACUGAAGGAAAACUACCAGAUGCUGACUUUGGGAGGGGAUGCGGAACUGGAACUCGUGGACAGUCUGGAUCCCUUCUCGGAGGGAAUCAUGUUUAGUGUUCGGCCUCCAAAGAAAAGUUGGAAGAAGAUAUUUAACUUAUCAGGAGGAGAGAAGACUCUUAGUUCGCUGGCUCUAGUUUUUGCUCUUCACCAUUACAAGCCAACGCCACUUUAUUUUAUGGAUGAGAUUGAUGCGGCACUUGACUUCAAAAAUGUCUCUAUUGUGGCAUUUUACAUAUAUGAGCAAACAAAAAACGCACAGUUUAUCAUCAUCUCCCUGCGGAACAACAUGUUUGAGAUGGCGGACAGAUUAAUUGGAAUUUUUAAGACUCACAAUACCUCGAAAAGUGUGGCAAUAAACCCCAAAGUUAUUGCAGCUAAAGGACUGGCUGAGCAAAACACUCUGGAUAUCAUACCGCUCAGAAAUACAGUGGAAUGAACUUCUCAUUCCCUUCUCUUUCAUUCAUUCAUUCAUUCUCAAUUCUCAUUGUCAUUGCGGUUUACCUUCCUUUAAUAUAUUUUUGUACUUGA